AUGGCUGAUCCCCCUUCACCCUCUACUUCCCGCCCGGCUUUGAUGCGCCGCCGUGUCCCAGCGCGUGCAGCCACCUUCGUCGAGGGAACGCCCAUCCCCGACUGGCCCCAACGUCGUAACUCAACUCUAUCCGAUUCCAUCUCAGAGGCCCGCAACUCUAUCCGAUCUUCGACCGAUGAUCUGUUUUUACCCCGUGUCGCCAAAGGCAAAGAACCCGUCGCUACGGAGGAGUCGCAUUGGCACUCCACGCCACUCGGUCUGGCCCUGCUGCCAGCUAUCGCUGGCGUUUUCUUUCAAGAUGGAAGCGCAUUCGUGACCGACGUGACGCUAUUGAUCUUAGCCGCGAUCUUCCUGAACUGGUCCGUUCGGCUACCUUGGGACUGGUAUCGCUCAGCCCAGACUCUCCAGAGAGAGCAGGCUGCAUUGAAUACAGUAUCAGAGUCUCCACUCGAGGCGGAUUUGAAGGAAGAAGACGAGGAAGAUGAUGAACGAGUUGAUUCUCCGGGCGAUACGCAGCUUCCAAAACAUCACCAUCACCAUCACCGCUCAUCGGCCCAGGCAGAGGCCACAAAGGAACUCCAGAUACAUGAACUAGCCGCCCUAGCAGCAUGUUUCAUAUUCCCAGUUGUUGGCACCUGGCUCCUUCACGCUAUCCGAUCCAGUCUUUCAAGACCUUCAGAGGGCCUCGUCUCGAACUACAACCUCACCAUCUUUCUACUGGCUUCGGAAGUGCGCCCAUUCUCUCAUCUUCUUAAGCUUAUGCAAGCCCGUACCCUCCAUCUACAGCGCAUCGUAGCAUCGACCUCGGUCGAAGACGCAAUCGACCACGAAAAGGUCCAAGAUCUCUCGAAACGUCUUGAAGAGCUCGAAGCGCAUGUCGCCGAGGCCGCGGCCGCACGCCUCUCCUCAUCCCAUACCCACGGUCAAUCUAAAUCAGAAUAUGCAGAAUUAAGCGAUGCUCCGUCUCUUCUUACACAAGCGGUAGUCGAAAGCCGCCGAGCAAUACAACCCGAUAUAGAAGCGCUAAAUCGCGCCGUCCGUCGCUACGAGAAACGCACUGCUCUCUCCGCCUCAAACACAGACACCCGCUUCCAGCAACUCGAAGCAAGCACCCGCGACGCCCUCGCUUUAGCAGCGGCAGCCCAGCGAUCUAGCGCAGCGCGCAAAACAAGCUAUGCAUUCAUUCUGGUCGACUGGGUCUGUGCCUGCAUCGUCGUCCCUGCUCAACUAGCCAUGUCUAUCCUCAAUCUCCCCGGUCGCGCUGCCUCCUGCUGUGCCACGGCUGCUCGCCGUAUGAUUGGGCGUCCUGCGCCCAUUUCCAAGUCGCGGUCCCGGAGCGGAAAGAGUAAAGGUCUGCAGGCUGGUAAUGGGUCUAGGUUUCGGUCGAAGUCACCUCCACCUCGUACCCCGAUUGUGUCACCGCUAGCACAGCAUAUAGCGAGUGGUAAGGGGGCAAUUCACUAG